AUAACUUAUCUACCACUGUAGGAGACUUCACGGUGCAAUGAUGCAGCCCUUUCGCAACAAAAACAUGCAGACAAGAAUAUAUAUUUUACUGUGAAGAAUUAUUGCAAAGUUAAUGGACUUCAUGACAUUCUUUCGGAUGUCGGACAUCGAAAGUAGGCUACCUUUUCUUUUUACUUUUUUAACCAUUGUAGGGUGCAAUGAGUGAAUAACUUUCUACCGGGAUUAAUAACAGAGGAUUCUGGGAGAACAACAACAAUCAAAGGUUCUGAAGUCUGAACGCACCCUGGUCCUGACUUUUGACCUCUAGCCAUGUCUCAGAGUAACCCCUCCUUCCAGCUACUCCAKGCUCUGAGGAAGUCUCCCGCCGUGUUCCGCCGCCGGUUCCACCUCCAGCCCAACCGCAUCGCUACCCUCUCCCACGGGGAUCCCCUCUACAAGGUGCUCUACCUGGGCACUGAGAAAAUCUACUCCCUGGAUCUGGAGCAGGCCCAGGGGGCCAUAGGCCUGCUGCUCCAGCAGUGGGCCCCGGAGGCCCCUGAGAAACGGUGCAAGGAGCAUGCUCUGGUGUUGCGGCGGCGUUACAUAGAGGUGAAGGAGAUUGCCACGGGGAGACAGCUCGCUAAGACCUAUCUGAGAGACAUUGCGUUUUGCGCGGCCGACACCAAGCACCCCAAUGUGUUCCUGUACAUCUGUAAGCAGCAAGGCCAGCAACUGCAGUUACAGUGCAGGGUAUUCUGGUGCACCAGUGCUGAGAGAGCUAAGGACAUCACCGCUUGUCUGGCAAGGAGCUUUCAAACGGCUCUUAGUGAUUGGCAUGGGCAGGGUAGCGAGACCAAUCACAUGGAGGAAGGGGAGGGAUCAUCGGAGGUGGAUGGACUGUCAGUCAUCACGAGCCUUCAUCCUAAUACCUCCUCUGCUCUAUCAGGAGAUCUAAGRACAGACAGGUCGCAGGAGGAGGAGGAGGGGUGUGGCUACUCCGUGUCCUCUCAGAGCGAUGAGGAAGGAGAGGACAGGCAGCACCACCACCAAUGACGGCACACAGUCAACCAUUGAUAUUUGACUUUGACUCUCUCUGCCAACUGAUAAUCUAUUGGGCCUAGCAGAGCCUCACUAGCUCCUGCAGUGCCCACCAGUGUUGAAGAAUGGACCACUGCCAAACUAAGCUUGGAGUGUGGUUCUUAAUUUCUGUAUUACCAAAUGAGGAGAGACAAACUUCACACACCAGUCAGAGUUAUACUUAAACUACAUCUUUAAUAAUAAGAGCUUUGCAUUAGCACUUGACUUUCAACGAUUCGCCAUUUCUAAUGAACCGUUGAGAGUGUCAACACAAUGGCUACUGAGAUCUUUUAUAGCAAAGAUCCACCCCCCUUU